UCAUUCUCUUUUUUGGAGAUCUGUGGGGGCGGAGAGCACCUGAAGGAGAUCGGAGGGAUUUCUUAGAUUCCGGUUUGGGUGUUUUCUCGAGCAUAUUGGAUUUUGUGUGAGUUGGUCUUUGAGGUUUUGAGAUCUUAAUCUCGAUAGAAGCAUGAUCCUUUGUAGGCUUUGGGGAUUUUUGAUUGAAAGGAUUCUUCCUUGGCUACAAAAUUUUCAAUUUAUAUAGUUUUGUUCUAAUGAUAAUAUGAAUAUGAUAGCAAAUCCAUGGUGUGAGACUUGCACUAGGCUAAGUUCUACCUUUUUGAACGAUGCAUAAACCAAUGAUUUAAGUCGCGACGAGAUGGGGGUCGUCCUUACUGUCCCAUCUUGUUCCUUUGAGUUUCCGACAUCAGGGACGAGUGCGGGACCCCGAAACGCUUGUCCGGCCUCCAUCCCGGCCAUCUCAGCUUCAUCCCACUCAAAUCAGGUGCUGGUACGAUCGUCCCGAUCGAGCCCUAGUGUGGGCUUUCGUUGCCGGAUGCCAAUGAUGAGGGAGAAUGGCCCAUUCGCCACUGGGAAGGGGAAAGGAAUGAAGGAGAAGACCAUACUAACCUUGCCGACUUCUCCUUUCUCCGUUGGUGCGUCGGCAUCAGCAUCGUCGUCGGAGGAAGCACGGGCACGCCGGAUGGAGGACACCUCAGGAUAGAGAAGAGAGGAGGGAGAGGAGAGGGGAGGAUGUCGACGGCAAGCAAACCGAGACGGAGGAGGAAGACCGAAGGAGAGAGGAGCGGAGGAGUCUCGGUCGCUCGAUGCGGAGGGGAAGAAGAAUCUUGAUCGCUUGGCGCGGAGGGGAAGGAAAGGGGUUUCGAGGCCGUUCGAUCGUGCACCAUGGAUAACUUAGGAAUACCGUGGCGUGUUCAGAGCUGUGGGACAAGAUUAGGGAGAAAUUAUUGCAUGUACCAAGUGAACAGGGCAAAUCCCGAAGCAUAUGCACGGUGGGUAGUGCGCAAUCAGGAAUCCGUGAAAUACAAGAGGUAGUGUGGCGUGGCAUGUUAUCCACCGUGGGAUUUGCGACGGUCCAAUUUUAUUCAGAAUAAUAUAUAAAAUAAUAUAUAAAUUAAAUGACAAACAAAACAUUGCAUGGGAUGAUGGGGUUGGCGUUGAAAGGGUCGGAUCAAAAUUUAUCAAUAAAAAUAAAAAAAAACGUGUACCGGGAUGCUUGACCGGGAUGGGGUGGGACGCGGGGCAUCCCGUUCUAGCCAAAAAUCGGGACACCCCCAUCCCAUGGGAUUUCAAAUCUUGGCAUGAACAAGGCCUUUCUCUCGCUAUUCAACUCCAAGGGCUAAAUGUGUGUCAUAGUAGCUUGCACCGGCCACCACAGAAUGAGAGAGUCAAAGACUAGGGCUCCUGGUUUAACAUGUCGUUUUCCUGACUUCUUGAACAUCAUCUUUGUAAGAUGGAAGGUGGUCUAAUUCUUUUGAAAGGUUGGGCAGGAGUCAUGCUGAGAAUCAGAGAUUGGUUGGACCAAUAGAAAUCCAAGGUAAAUUCUGCGGGUAUCCUUGCCAUCCCUAGAUGUGUUGAGUGGCACAUCUGAACCAAUUAGUAGGUUGGGAUUGGCUAACCAGAACCCUCCCCCUAACCUUACCGACAUCGGGUUCGUUCCAGGUCUGAAAUUACGACCCCUUGCUGCGAACGAUGUUAGGGUGUGUCCUGGGGAUUCGAAGCUGGAGUGCAGACAGUGAUGGGGAGGAAAAAGAGAACGAGAAGACUCAUCCAUCUUCAUCCCAAAAAAGAAGGGAAAGAAGCAACCCUUCGGGGCUUGCCUUCUUUUGACGGCUGUCAGCACUCUUGCUGGUUCAUGUUGUUUGGACACUUCUUGGUUUGAUUUGAGCUUGGAUACUUCUUGGUUUGAUUUGAGAAGGUUUACACAGUAGUAUGAAGCUAAAAGUGGUAUGUAGGAAACUGUAUGAUUAUAUUCGCUACGAUCUGAAGGAAAUUGCUUUCCCUUCUUCUCUGCCUGAUCCCCCGCAUAUCAAAAAACGACGGAAAUUGACGUGGAUAGAGCGGUGGUAUGUUUUGAAGGAAGCAUCUAGGCUUUAUGCAGCUAGCUGGGUGCGGGAUAUUGGGCCUGACCUCAGACCGAACGACUAUAAAAAGGAUUCAGGGGAUGAUAGCAAGCCUCAUGAGGAGAAAGCUGCAUCUAAAGAAAGAGAACCCUCGACAUUGGAGGAUCUUGCGGUUGCAGCAAGAGGUGGAAUGGAGACCUUAAGGCCUGCACUGCAGCGUGUGUAUAUGACACGCGCCUCUGCAUACAGAGAUGCACUUAAAAGCUUUAUAGAAGGUUAUCAAGAAGGGAUAAAACAAGUGAUGGAAGAGAAAGAAGAUGCGAAGCCUCAACCGCAAAAUGAUGAACCAAAGAAAUCAGUAUGAUCUUUCCUCUUCUUUUUAUGUUUUUGGAUGUUACAGUAUCAUCUUUCUUAAUGGGACGAACUUUUGUAAGUUAUUCGCUAUGAAUUUGCAGUUAAUGUCCAAAAGUUACUAAAAUAAAAUAGCAUCUAAUGGUAUAAA